GGAGAGAUUGGCCUGGUGUCGGCUUCUCGUUCCCACAACGCUCUACAGGGCCUGCGGCGCCUGCUGGGAGCUGUAGUCCUAGCUCUGCGUACUGCGUUCGCCGAGGGGGAGGGCGGAGCUGCCGGCGGCCCGGGCGGGCUGGCAGCUAGAGUGGGUGCGAUAGCCGCCUCCGCCUCUGCCGCCUCCGCCGUCGCCUCCUCCGCCCGGGCUGUUCGCUGCUGCGCGGGGAGAGCGAGGCGGGGCCGCCGGGGCCGCCAUGGAGCCCGACUCGGUGAUUGAGGACAAGACCAUCGAGCUCAUGUUACCGAAGUGCAUGUUUGGGAUUUUGUUGAAGAAAGCUGGAUACAGUAAGCGGAAAGAAUCUUGGAAGCUGCUUGACUGCUGUCUUUUCUCAGACUAGUCUGAAAGGGAAUACCCCCAUUCAUUCUGGAUUGGUGGAUCUGAAGUACAAAAUAUUGUCCAGUGUUCUGUGCCAAGGUCUUUGUGGCUAGGCUGCGCCAACCUGGUAGAGAGCAUGUGCGCACUGAGUUGCCUGCAGAGCAUGCCCAGUGUCAGAUGUCUCCAGAACACUUCAGUUAUGGAGGAUCAAAAUGAAGAUGAGUCCCCAAAGAAAAAUACUCUUUGGCAGAUAAGUAAUGGAACAUCAUCAGUGAUCGUCUCCAGAAAGAGGCCAUCAGAAGGAAACUAUCAAAAAGAAAAAGACUUGUGUAUUAAAUAUUUUGACCAGUGGUCUGAAUCAGAUCAAGUGGAAUUUGUGGAACACCUUAUUUCACGAAUGUGUCAUUACCAGCAUGGACAUAUUAACUCUUACCUGAAGCCCAUGUUGCAGCGGGACUUUAUUACCGCUUUACCAGAGCAAGGUUUAGAUCACAUAGCAGAAAACAUUCUUUCCUACCUGGAUGCCAGGUCUCUGUGUGCAGCAGAGCUGGUAUGUAAGGAAUGGCAGCGAGUGAUCUCCGAAGGAAUGCUUUGGAAGAAGUUGAUUGAACGAAUGGUGCGCACUGACCCUCUAUGGAAGGGACUUUCAGAAAGAAGAGGGUGGGAUCAGUACCUGUUUAAAAACAGACCAACAGAUGGCCCUCCCAAUUCAUUUUAUAGGUCAUUAUACCCAAAGAUUAUCCAGGAUAUAGAGACUAUAGAAUCUAACUGGCGGUGUGGACGACACAACUUGCAGAGGAUUCAGUGCCGCUCUGAAAAUAGUAAAGGUGUCUACUGUUUACAGUAUGAUGAUGAAAAAAUUAUCAGUGGCCUUCGAGAUAAUUCUAUUAAGAUCUGGGAUAAAACCAGCUUGGAAUGUUUGAAAGUGUUAACGGGACACACUGGCUCUGUCCUUUGUCUGCAGUAUGAUGAACGUGUCAUUGUGACUGGCUCUUCUGACUCUACAGUGAGAGUCUGGGAUGUGAACACGGGUGAAGUUCUGAACACGUUGAUCCACCACAACGAGGCUGUACUGCACUUACGCUUCAGCAAUGGACUGAUGGUGACCUGUUCCAAGGACCGCUCCAUCGCAGUGUGGGACAUGGCUUCUGCCACUGAUAUCACUUUACGCCGUGUCCUGGUUGGCCACCGUGCUGCUGUCAAUGUAGUAGACUUUGACGAUAAGUACAUAGUGUCUGCCUCUGGGGACAGGACCAUCAAAGUCUGGAGCACGAGCACCUGUGAAUUUGUUCGUACUCUGAAUGGGCACAAGCGAGGCAUUGCCUGUCUCCAGUACAGGGAUCGGCUGGUUGUUAGUGGAUCAUCGGAUAAUACCAUAAGACUGUGGGAUAUUGAAUGUGGCGCCUGUUUAAGAGUCCUAGAGGGACAUGAAGAAUUGGUCCGAUGCAUCCGGUUUGAUAACAAGAGGAUUGUCAGUGGGGCCUAUGAUGGGAAAAUCAAAGUUUGGGACUUGCAGGCUGCUCUCGACCCCCGAGCCCCAGCAAGCACGUUGUGUCUGCGCACAUUGGUGGAACAUUCUGGACGUGUGUUUCGGCUACAGUUUGAUGAAUUUCAGAUCAUCAGCAGCUCCCAUGAUGACACAAUUUUGAUUUGGGAUUUCUUAAAUGUGCCUCCCAGUGCCCAGAAUGAGACCCGUUCUCCCUCCAGAACAUACACUUACAUCUCCAGAUAACAGUCUGCACUUUACCUGUUUCAGGGUUUCCUAGUCUUGAACUACUGGCUACGUGGCUACCAAAUGCCUAAGGGAGUUCUUCACAGCUGAGUUAUGAAGCUGGAAUUGGUUCUAGACGCUGGGUAGAUGCAAAGCAGCCUAACUCUUCAAGUACCGACAUUUCUCACCUCCGAUUCCGGCCUCUACUUUGAGAAGGAUACCUUAGCUUCACCGACUUUCAGUAGUACAGAAGCCCAUUUCCUCCCCCCAUCAGUGAAAAGAAAUCUAUCGCUUCAAAUGUAAAUUGUUCAUAUAAAAGGAACGUACAGUCUGUUUUACAGAAGUAAAUCGACCGUCAAGAGAAGACUUGGCCUCUAAUUUAUAUUGCUUUGCACUUUGGUCUGAUACUAAGAAACAGCAUUCUUCGGUGAAAUUUUGGGUGCCAAACACCUACCCAGAAUGUCCAGGGCUUUCCUUUUCAGAAGUUAGCGUUCUCCUUUUGACCGUCCAAGUCAUUAUGAAUUGUGACUUGUAUUAGGAACAUGUUGGACAAUGGAAACAUUUCUCUGGGUUGUUUUAGUAAUAUUUUUUGGAUUAUACUUCCUUUCUGUACCAAUUUCUUUUAAUUUAAAGAACUGUAAGCCAGGUUAUAUUAUCUCCCAACAGGUAAUAUAGCUCUUUUCUUUCAUUAACUGUUCUCUGUACCCGCAACCAUCUCCUGAUAUUUGGUAGAGUAACACCUUUACACGUGUGCUUGCCUCCUAAUUUAAAAUGCUGUAUCCGCAUGUAGAUAUAAUGUACAUAACAGUUUAACCUCAAGGUUGCUCGAGUCAGGGCCCCCGUGCCUGAGACACUAAUGCAGAGUGUGUUCGCCCUUAGCCGUGGGCUGGACUCAAGAACCCGCUACCAGGGUUGAUGUGGAUUACCUAGAACCCUUCCUGCAGUAUUCAUACGGUGUUCUUAUUUUGUCAUUGUCAUUGUCAUUGUGCGUGUGGUGUGUGUGUGUGUUUUAAUGGGAAUCUUGUUUUAAGAUGUAAUUUCUAAAGUUUAACACAAAAUGUUUUAUUUGUUGUGCAGUAUAUACAGUAGAGAGGUACCUUAAAUACUUUUGUUGUUCUUUUCCUCAUCAGUACUCCUUAAGUACCCGUGGUCACUUCCCAUAGCAUUCAUUUGACUCCACCGUCACAGGUCACACUCUGUGUGUUAGUAACCCUGGGAAGGGAAGAGCGAGAAGGCCCCCGCUGACUGGCUCUCCCGGCUCUGGCAUUCGUGCGUCCUGCCCUUGUCAGGUGGUAGCAGGGCCCACUUGUGUGUUGGAGCCCGGGACCCGCGUCAGGCGGGUUCAAGGGCCCAUCUUGAGUGGAAGGGUCCUCCCAGGUGGUGUGAAGCCUCAGGCUCAUGGUCCCAUCUCUGUCAUCUCUGGUGUCGCCUGCUGCCGUGGCCGCGGCAAGCUCUCCUGGCUCCCGCACGCUCCGCAGCCCGAAUGUGUGAAUGGCACCAUCAUGCUGACGUGCGUGGAAAGGACUUUGGCAUCUGGUUGGCACUCCUUUUCCCUUGUUCAAUAUUAGGUUUUGAUUUGCCCCUUGCCAUUGUUUCCAAAGAUCAAGGAAUGUUGCUAACGUUUUAAAGGACCAAUGAGAACUUCCUGUAACUAAACCUCUUCCCGUGGAAGCACACUCUCCCACUGAGGGGAAGGUGCCUGGGCUCUGUUUUGUCCUUUACAUUGAGAAUGGUGUGGGAAUCAAUGUGUGUGUCUGUGGUUGUUUAUUGGGUUGGUUUGCUUUUUUGUUUUCCUUUGUCCUUUUUAAAAAAUACAUCCUUCCCUCCUACAUGUUAGUAAAUUAAUUUCUGGUUUUGAAAAGUUGAGUCUCAAAGUGUUAAAAAAAAGAAAUCUCCGUUCAGCGGGUGGAUGUUGUAACCCUGACAGCGGUUGUGAAAGUGACUUAACUUUGACCACUCUUACCUUACAGCUUUAGUAUCAGAUUGGUUAGGAGAGCCCAGGGGGCAGGGCAGGGAGGGGCAGGGGAGGAGGCAAUUCUUCUGAACGAAUGGACUUUCUGUGGUUGUCUCUGCAUGUUUAAUAUAGAAAUUCUGGUUCCUUGGGAGAUCAUGGCCUUUGAAUAUGCACACAACCUUUGAAUUGUGCCUACUAAAUUAUAGCAGGGGACUUUGGCACCCGAGGAAUUCUGACUUUCUGGGAUUAUAGUAGUAAUUCCCAGCUGUACUCUGGACUUUAUUUUGCUAACCAUAAUUGAGAAACUGUAAAUUACUGCUAUAUUAAUGUUUUAAAGCACUGGGAUAGUCUGAUUCUAACUUGUAAUUAAUUAUGUUUGCCAAUAACUGUUUGAAAUAAAUUUGUGUCUGAACAGCUAUUGAAACUGUUAAAUUGUACAGAUAUUAUUCACGACAGCUUUGUACUGUGGAAUGUGCUUAAUAAAAAACAAAAAGUUUGACUUUUGUCCAAUAAAUUGCUAAGUAAUGUCAAUAAGUCAAGUAUGAGUAUUAUGCAGUACACCUGACCUGGCUUCAUGCAAUUGUUACUUCAGCUACUGAUUCAAAGCCAAUACUCUUAAUAAAGUGUUGCAAUACUCUGA